UCAUUUUCAGGUAUUUCCUAUCAAGUUGGCAAACUAAACGCAUCAGACACACGUCAAGGAUGGAAUUGCGACGGCGGAUGUGAGGCGCCACAACAUUGUAAACUGCCACGUUGCACCAAUGUGGUAUUUCCGCAAACGUUUAGUGGAUCUGGAACCGUAAGUAAACCCUAAGCAAUUAAAACUUAUGGUCUAAUUUUCAGGGUUCGGGGUAACUUUCUUUUGUAAGUAAACCACAUUAAGCUUCUUUAAAAAUCUAAUGUUCUUCACAAAUUUUGAUUUGUGGUUUUAUGAUGCUUUGACGUCAGCCAAUUUGGUGCGCAUAGGUAUGCUUAAGUGCUUCUAAUCCCUGGGAUGUGUUUUUGAACAAAACAAAUACAAAAAGCCGGAAGAUUCUGACGAUAAAUAUAGAAGGUCUCUACUCCAUGAAAUGGGAAUGGGAGAGGGGUGGGAGGCGUGAAAGUGUGUGGGGAGGGAAGGGGGUUAUUGGGGUGGAUUAGCUAGACUCUCUUUUUCUUCAGAUUAAGUUUAGUGAGUGGAGUAAACGCGCGCGGAAGCGUCGAGCAGACGCGAGAAACGAGGGAGGCAUUCUCGGGCCUUCAGUCACGUGCAAGGUCACGCAUGUCUCGCGCGUGUCGCUCGACGGAUUGGGAAAAAAGAGAGACUGCUCAUAGUCUAGGGUGGAGUUGUCGCCUGUUAAGUUUUCAUUGAUGCCUGUCUUUACCUAACGCAUUUCAGGUUCGAGUUUUUGUGUCAUUAAGCCAUGAAGAUCAGUCUUCAGUUGUUCAUUCACCUUCCGCCGUGUGGGCAGAGUCCAUUAGUACAGUUGGAUUUCAGUUAUGCUCGCGUGCAACAGGUUCUACAAAUGACACUGGAAUUAUCAACUGGGUAGCAUUCCAGGACAAACCUAAGUUAACGCAUGGAAGCGUUACUUUUAGCGGAAUAUGGACAACAGAAACGAAGUGUGCGAAGGUGGCGUUUUCUCAGGUUAGAUUCCAAUAAUUGAUAACAAGUAUACAAUUUUGUUAUAAAGGUGUAAAACGUAAUUAAAUAGUAGAAACAAAUGAAAUAGUAUCAGAAAGUAUUUCUAAAACAAAUGAUCACUAAUUAAUAUUCAGAAUUUGCUCUUCACAGCAGAGUCCACUGCUAAAAGUCUUUUUAAGCUUUCUCUCGGGCUUAUUUUCAAACUUUUCCUUCCAUCACCUUUAGAUAAGCCAUUUUCACGUUUCACUUUGGAGGUAGUGAUUGAAUAAUUCGUGACGGUUUUGAAUGUAUUGUUAGGGACUUUAAGAUACGUCACUACGGUCGCCUGGGACGGUUAGAUAGAUGUCACGUCACGCAAAAAACGCGUGACCUUUUACCGUCGUCCUUCUGGGACGGUAUGUUUUCGCCGGGUUUCUCGUCGUGAAGACAACGGUGAAACCGAUAAGAGUUCAUGCAUACUUAUUGUCACUUUUCUUCUAAAACUGAGUAGCCACUAGGUUAAAUACGCGUUGGCUUGUGUUUACAUUGAUUUACCUAUCGGUGAAAUGAAAAAAAAAGCGAAAAUGUCUGAGUUCAUUCAUAACUUAGCUCGCGGCCGCAUGGCGACUGCUUGUUUUCUACCCAGUGUCGUCCGCAAUGGCAGAGGAAAAUUGCCGAAAAGAAAGGUAAGGCCCAGUUCAAAUGUUCAUCUUUUCAUGUACCGAACUUAAUACCUAAAUGGUUCGAGGUUGACUCAGGCGUCGAACUUAAAGUGUAGUCGAACUCGAUUCAUUUUCAGGAUGUUCAGGAUGUUCAAUGGUCUAGAAUGCUUGAAACAAGUGAAAAUAAAUUUUAGUAAUUUGUGCUUUAGUUUUAAUUCGGCACAUGAGAAGUUCGACGUUUCAACUGGGCCUAACAGUGAUGAUUGUAGCCGUCUUUUUAUAACUUAAAACUGCAUUUUUUUAUCAAGAAACGAUUUCUUUAACUCAAAAGGUGUUGGCUUAGGAAAUAAAAGUUCAAAUAAAAACAUCGACUACAGUUUUGAAAACUAGCUAGCUAGCUUUAAUUUGUACCCUUAUUCUUCUGAUUGGUAUUUUUCGUAUAAAACAAGAAACUCUUCUUCAGUAAUUGAGCCUUCUGCGAAAGAAAUGACAAGCGAGUUUCGCACAUGACUUCACCGUCCUCUGUGUUGUUGUCCGAUCUUAAAGUGAAAAUUUUCGCGGCUUCUUACCGUCAUGGCCCCAGGCCGCCCGUAUACGCAUCCAACCGUCCCAGCCUACCGUAGUGACCUAUCUUAAAGUCCCUGAUGUGUUAAAGGGAAUUUGGAAAAUAGAAGUCUAUUUAUUUAAUGAUAUCAAAUUUUUAGCAUUAAAGUUAACAAAGUUGGCCGAAAAGAAACAUUGUGGUUUGUAACUUUAUUUAAGUAAUGGGCCAUAUAAGAUGCAUUCAACAACCCUUUCAGCCUUUCGUAGAAAGAGGUGAAAGAGGGGUAGAAAAUUGAGUCCAUGAGAACAGACAAGUAGAUUUAAUUAAUUUGCUCCCCUUAGCCUUUGAUAAAUCCUUAAUUCCAUUUAACUGUGGCUGACAACUUCAUUGAUACGAUCAUGUUGAUUCAUCUCUCGAGAAGCUUGUUAAUUUUUCUGUCAAUAGUUUUUCAUCUAUAUGUAACAUUUUUUUGCAGAGCUUUGCUUCCAAGCCUCGUGUAUUUGUCUCUGUUAAGUACACUCGCAGUACAAGGCCAAAUGACGCUAUGUACCUUUGGUUAGAAAACGUCAAUUCUGGAGGAUUUGAAGUGUGCUUAAGGGAAUUCUUGCCCUUUGAUGGAAAACACCAAGAUGCAGUUGUGGUAAGUGAAGAAAACUGCUUUAGUAAACUAUAGUAUUGAUGAAAAAAAAAAAAAUAAAAUAAAAAAUAAAUAAAUAACUUGACUGUGACACACUUCGGCAACCCGGAUAACCAAUUACCCAGAACGUCCGUGACGCAGUUAAGGUCAGUGUCCUGUCUCACGUGUCUCAUGCAGUCAUUUCUUGUUAUUAAAGGAAAUGUCGUUCGAAGCCUGACGCAACUCGUCUUGUAAAGAUAAGAAUAGCAAAUUAAACAUUAUUUUCUUGUCCACAGGACUGGUUCGCAUUCACCAGAAAUGGGAGUCAACUUAAUUUCACAACAACUGGAGAAGAAAUCUUUCCAAACAGUGGAAAUCCAUCGGCCAAAAACAACUAUGGCUUCUGUCAGGUGAAAACGUUAGUUCUAACGGGAACAUUUUAGCAACCCACAGAACAUUUUCAGUGGUUGAAGUCACACUAUAGAAAACCUAAUAUGGUAAACCCAAGUUUACCUCGGCGAACCCAAAUUUGCCAGGCCAUGGUAAUCGACACUGUAUCCAAAAUGGCAAUUCCCAGCUGAGCGCGACAUGCUUAUUUCGCGAUUUUGAUGUGCGCAUAUUUUGGGAUUUUUAAAUUCGCGACUUUGCAUUCUUUUUAUAUUACGAAUCGCUUCAAUUUCGCGUUGUUGACAGUGGGCGAAUAUUACAAGUGGGGACUUUACAAACGAUGGUGAAAAAUAGAGCGAAAAGUGAGCAUUGUCACAUCCAUUUACUAACUUACAUGACUUUUUUACUUAUUUACAGGAAGUGCCUUUCAAUACGACCUUUUACAAAUCGCCAAUUGUGAUUCUUUCCGUAAAUCAUGAGUAUAAUCUUAAGGUCAAGGGAAGUCGUCCUCCAGAAAAUAAUAUAAUAUCAGCCUGGGUUGAGGUAGGUUCAAAUUUGUAUUCUAGCCUGAGAAAACAGCCGACAUUUCGCUCGCCGUCACUAAUAUUUUUCCCACAAAAUGACGUCUAAGGAACGAACGCAGAAAUUGCAUACUGAUAUGUGUCACUACGCAGAUCUGGGCAUGCAGUGCUUCUGAUUGAUUAAAGAAAUUUCCCUUGCGGCAUGACUAAUCAAGAACCCUAUCUUGAUCUGGGAAGUACACGUCAUCAGUGUGGAACUCCUACAUUCGUUCCACAGGAAGGAAUAUAAGCGUAAUAUCCCGGAUUGUCACGUGAGGUUCAUGAUCAAGAACAGGGAUUUUGUCAGGGCUUUGCAACGUUAUUGUAUUCAAUUGUUUACUUAAACUCUCACCACACCUUUGAGACCCAGAAAUCAUACCCCUUGUUAGGGGAGAUAAGUAAUCCGUUUAAUCUAUAGCCAGUAAAUUUAUAAAAGGACUGUGAAAACUGUGAAAAAGCCAUACGAAACCAAUAAUUUGGAUCGGAUCCAUGAAUUUCAAGGUAUGGUCGUAGAAAUUAAGAGGAAAUUAUGGAUCUUCUAGUGACUGAUGAGUGCUAUCACAUUUUGCUGUAGGAAGUUGGAUUAGAAUCUAUGAGGGUAUGCGUUAAAGACCUCAGUGGAUUAGGAUCGAGUCAUGAUCCCUUGAUUGUCAGCUACGCCGUUACUGGAGGUUGUUUAUUAAUUUUCCUAUCGUAAUGAUAACUAUUUCUAGAAUUGUUUUUAUUUUUAUUAUCAUUAUUUCUAUUAGUUUUAUUGAUAUCUUUUAGAAGUUCUUAUAUGUAGGAAAACAUUUCAUGAUAUAAUUAAAGAAACUCUGGAGUACAUAUACCUCUUAUUAGCCGAGUUUUCGGUCCGUACUGUAAAUUACGGACCGAGUUUUUUUUCCAUCGAUUUAUGGCCCGAGCGCUUCGCGCUUGGGCCGAGGAUCCGUAAUUUACAGUACGGACCGAAAAAAACGAGGCUAAUAAGAUGUUUAUUAUAUGGCUUCUUCCUGUUUGGGGGACCGAAAACAAGUGCAGGACGCACGAUUUGACAGUCAUUUGACAGGCGUCAAAAAAGAAAGUUUUUAUUGGCGCACGAAAACAAUAGCACAUAACAAAGGCUUUCCGAGAAAGUAAAAACAAAUUCGCCAUGUUGAAAAAGUUUAUUCGGUCAAAACUAAGAGCAAUGUAAGUUUUAGCUCUUUAAUGUAACGCUGGAGUAUUUUGGAAAUCGGACACUGUGUCUGUCUAGAAGUCGUUUCCAUCUUUCUCCCGUUUGGCAAAAGGCAAAGAAGCUUUUCAAGGUAAGUUUGUUGUCAUUGUCGAAGGAUUCGCUCGUUAAUUGUUUUUGGGAAAACCUCUCUUUCGGCCAGUUCAUUCUCGUCUUCAAUUGUGAUCUGUCUUAAAAUUUUCAAACACUGGCUAGCAUUCUCUUCCUCGGUAAGGUUACGAUUCAGUUUCUACAACAGCUUCGUUCUCAUUAAAACGAAGCUAGGUUAAAAUUUGGAAAGGCAAAGUCAAAAUCCCAGUCCUCAGGGUUUAUAUACGUAUUUCAAAGUUUAUUCAGUGGAAACUAAGAGCACUGUAAGUAUUCACUCGUUAAUGUGAAGCUGGAGUCUUUUGAAAACUGGACAUUAUUGUGUCUGGCUCGAACUCUCUUCUAUCUUUCUUUCGUUGGUCUUUGAAAAAACACUGCAAAUGGCAAAGAAGCUUUUCAAGAUGAUUGGGUGCAGGUAUGUUUGUUAUCAUAUUUGUUGAAGGAGUUGCUCAUUUUCUCUUGGGCAAAACAUCUCGAAUCUCUGCCAGUCGAUUUUCGUCUUCUUAACUGUGUACUACGAUAAAAUUUUCAAACACUGACUAGAAUCCUCUUCAAUAAGAUUACGAGUUAGUUUCUUCAUCGCCUUCGUUCACAAAUAAACACAGUUUUAAAUGUUGAAGGACAAAGUCAACAUCUAAGUCCUCAAGGUUGAUAGACGUCUUGUAACUUAAUUUUAACCGUUUUUCCGAGGUAAAGAGAUUUAGAGCCCCGGAAUGAGCUUUUUCUUUGAAAUUUUGGUCCGUAUAGCAAGUUACGGACCGCAAAUUGACCAAUCGCAUGGCGAAAACAGACUCGGCCAUAAAAUAAAAACACUUAUAUACGUUAUUCAUGUUACACUCAAUCUUUGCACGCACUUCAGGGGUUGAUGGGAUAAGAGCAAUUAAUAAUAUUGCCAAUAAGAGUAAUCGAGUAAUCUUGGUCGAGUUUGUUUAUUUACUCAAAAUAAGACGACGAUUUUAGUCAUGCAAAAUGCAAAAUGUAAACUUCGACAAGUUUUACGUCAUAAUUCCUUGCUGUGAAGACUUCUACUGUCGCAUACUGCAUUCAAAAUCACUUCCACCCAUAUUUUGCGAUUUUCGUUUUUAAGGUUAAAACAACAACAAAACUUUAUUAAUAAAAAUAAUAAAAUUACAAAAGUAUUGCCCGCAGCUAGCAAGGCUAUUCGAGGCGGGACAAUGCAUGCAAAAUAUAAGAAAUAAACACUAAGGCUAUUAACUAGGGAAAGUUUACAGUUAGUUACAAAUAAAUGAAACAAAAAUCGUAGUAUGGAUGAGGACUAGAUAACAGACUAAAGGAAAAAGAAUUAAACGAAUAAAUUGUAAAAGAAGAAACUACUAAGUAAGAAUUUAUUUUUAUUUUUAUUUUACCUUUUUAAUUAAGGUAGGCGUAUCAAUGUAGUCUUCUUCUGAAUCCAGAAUAUCAAAAAGUAAUUUGUGGAGUGUUUUUUUGAACUUAUUCUUGGGGAGUUGUCGAAUGCUAUAGGGUAUCUCAUUCCACAGCUUAGCCCCAAAGCGAGAGAAAGACAGUUUAUAUAAUUCUAGAUCGGAACUGUUAACAUAAAAAUUUCCUGAAGCCGAUGCUCUUGUAUUGUAGUAGUGGCAGCUGCUUGUUUUUUGAAAUAGAUUUAAAAUGGCAGAAGGUACCUCAAAGGCGUCAAGAGAUUUCGUAAUUCGAUCGCACCUUAUGGAUAUCUCUUCAACUCUCUUUGUCAGCUGGUGGAUUUGUUUAGCGGCAGCAGAUUUAAAAUGAAGUAAAGUCGUCAAACUGAUCAGACAUAAAUUCUACAGAAUGUUCUUUGCCUGGUGACAUUUCCCUCGUCUUCUUCUGCCCAGGUUGGUGCUGCGCUUGCGACAUGCCGUCAGUGAUUUUCUUCAGUUGAUUCUUUAGAUCUUGAAUUUCCUUUCGUAAUGCUUGGUUUUCUUUCCUUAGUUUUUCAGUUUCGGUCAUAGUUGAGAAAAACGUGAGGUACCUACAUCCAAACAAUGUUACUACUACUGAACAGUAACUUAGUUUUAAUUUAAAUAUGAAAAUAUAUUAGACAUUUAUGUUUUUUUUUUCCAAAUGGAUAACUACUCAAUUUUAUGUUUCUUGGUACAGACCUUAAUCCUUGCCUUAACGUGCAUUGCCCUCGACUUCGAGUUUGUAGGACCUACAGUGCGCACGACGCUCGAUGUGAGUGCGAUUACCAAUGCCCCUCAUAUAAAGACCCAGUGUGCACUGCAAACGGAACAAGUUACGACAACCGAUGCUGGCAUAAGCUUAGCUAUUGCAGAGGACUUGAAAAUAAUCCGGUCUAUCACCCAGGAAGCUGUGAAGGUAGCGAAAAAUAAUUUCAACGAUUUUUUUGGCUGUAUAUGCCAAAUAAAAUAGUCUGGGAGUUAAGCUCUCGAUCGCUUAGAAUUAUAGGUGUUGGCUCAAAAUUGAAUUGGCUUCUAGCCAUGAUCUUUAUAACUUUUCCCUACUUUUAAGCUCGCUUUCAGCUCCUCACGCAGGCUAAGCAACAAUAUGCAGCUGUAACAAGCUGCUUCGUCUCUCUGUUUUGGCAAACAAACAUAUAACAGCCCAGAGUAUGGCCGAUGUUGGAUCUGUGUAAGAUCUUUUAUUCUUUUUUGUCUUGCAAUCCAGUUUUCAUCGCGUAAAAUUAGAUUACAUAAAUUUCCUCGGGGCAAAUAAUAGUGCAAAAAGAAAAAAAAAAAUACAAAAGAGGAGGAAAUCAAAGACAAAGGUGGUAAAUAUUACAUUUACAUACCAGUUUACAUGGAGUUGCAUAUAUGAGGGAAAAUGCAGUAUUUACUAGUAUCUUUGCACUUGAUUUCAUCCUCUUUUGCACUUUUUGCACCUUAUUAGCACUGAGUAAAUUUGCUGAAAAUCAAAUCUUUCGCGCAGUGGCGCGCGUGCAUACGCGUACAUGUAAUCAGGUACGCUUUUGAUUCAUAAUUUUUUUUGUUGACCUUCUCCAACAUACUGGCAUAAGUUUAUCUUUAUACUGGCAUAUGUUUAUCUUGGGCACUGAAACCGACAUGCAAUAAUGAGCAGCCACUAUACAUUUCGUUGUUGAAAUGUAGCCGACUUUGCAACUUACAGUCUAGUUUUAGUUCCAUUUCCACGCUUUUUUUAUCACCCCCCUUCAUUACUUAGAGUUGCACUACAACGCAAGCUAGGGAAGCUACCUAAGCGAUAAUGCUUAAAGAGCACAGUGGUGUUCCCUUAUAAAGUACUUUUAAAUUAACAUUUAUUACAAAACAGGUUUUCCAAUUGUACGGGGCCGUGUAGAUCUGCUGCGGGUUCCAAAAUGGUCAGAUUCAAACUGUCAGACAGUCUCAUUUCCUCCAUACCGAUUUUAUCCGGAUAAACAAGUUCAUGUUCAAAUAACCGUCAAUCACAUGAAGCUGAAUGACUCUGUGACAGUCCACGACGCUGUUACUUCAUGGACAGAAAGUAUCAACACAAAAAACUUCACCGUCUGUGUCAUGCAAACCGGGAGGAAAGAAGAAAGUGCGAAUCCAUUUGCCACCAUUGAUUGGAUAGCUUAUCAAGGAGCACCACCCGAAGGAUUGACGGGAACGGUUGAGUUGCAGAAAUGGUGGUCUGGUACCAACUGCGCAGAUGUAACCUUUCCUUCGGUAAGACGGAAAUAUUUUUGUACGUACAAAUUUAACUCAUUGUUGCAAUGAAAGUAUCCUAGGACGAAUAUCUUAGAAUUUUAUUCGCCACUACAGCUUGAUCCACGUCUUCCAAACGAAGUUAGUCAAACAAACAAAAAUGGCUCAAUAAAUCUAGCUGGAUUUUUUAAUUCAAAAUAAACCUAGCAAAAUUUGCCGCCAUUUGGGUGGAAAAGGGCCAAAGAGUAGGUUUUUCCGGUCCCGUAAGCCCGAAAUCACUCAAGGGAAGGAAAAGGAAAGGAAACAUAAAAAGAUUCCAUAUAAAGUGAGGAUAGGCUGAUUUGCCUACUAGCAGUGAAUCUCACGAGCAGCAAUAUUUUAAGGAACCAUUAACACGCCUUCAUUUGCAAUAAGAAGCUAUUUUGAUUGCUCUUAUUGCUCCUUUGUCAUAUUUUUCUUUUUUUCAGGGCAAGUUUCCUGAGGCACCAAUAGUCCUUGUGACGUCAGAACACCUGAGGACUGGUAAAGAGUAUGAUGCUGCUCUCAUUUGGAUUGAAGACGUAACAAAGGACUCAGUUAAAGUUUGUCUUCGUGAAAUGCAAAACUUUGACGGUAGACACCAAGAUAUCACUGUGGUACGUUAUUAGUUUUUAAGGAAACUAGAACGCCAUUGUUUACGCAAUGUGUGAGCAAUGCUGGUUUGUAAACCAUACUAGCGAUAUGAUUAGAAGCGUUCGUAACUUCAAGAUUAUCAGCUAGUGAUUUUUUAGUCUAAAGGAGAAAGAAAAUGGAAAGUAACAAAAAACGGGAAAAAAAAUAGACAUGAAUUGUUUCGCCUAUUCCUCAUGCUUCCUUUCAUGUUCUUACACGAUGCGGUUGGUGUUCUGGGAAAUUGUGACGUCUUGCGUUCUCUCCUUGGUCACCACUCCAUAGAGCUCAAAAUGCUAAGAUUUAAGGCCUAAAGAAUGCUGGCUUUGAUAAAUGUUUGGUGAGGAUGAUUUUACAAUAUUUACACAGUACGGAUGGCAUGGGCUCCUGAUCACUUUUGUUGUUCUCUUUUCACAGAACUGGUUUGCUUUCUCCAAACUGCACAAGCCUCUUUUCACGGAACAUGGCGUCAUAAGUUUUCCAAAUACGAACCCACCUUUGGAUAAAAUGAACAAUGCUUAUUGCGAGGUGAGAAUAGGAUUACUCAAUCACGCCUUUUUAUCUCAUUCAUCAUCUCAAGUAGCAUGCUGUUCACAGCAUUCAAUUUAGAAAAACAAUUCGUUUACUAACAUUUUACUGAAUAUUUUCAAAACAAUUGUAGUCGUGUGCAGUAAAGAUCACGGAAAAUCUCUUAUAAAGCGACGAGAAAAAUCAAGAUGCUGGUACAGAAAACAAUGUUUAAAAUAUACAUAAAAAGUCGGCAGUUCAUCCUGAUAAAAUGAUUAAUUUCAAUCCAAUGUUUUUUAACAUCUGAAACAAAAAAAACAACAACAACAACAACAAAAACGGGAGGUAAUUCAAGCUUGUAAUGAUCAGGAAAUACUGUCUUAAGCGUUGUAUGUUUCUCUUACAUGGCAGUUCGUUUCAUUCAUGAGGGUUUAUAACGCGACCCCGACAGUGCUUGUCUCAGCCAAUCACAGUACGAAGGUAUCUGGGAAUUCAGGUCCGAUUCACAACGGAAUUACCACGUGGAUCGAGGUAAAAAAAUUUCUCACUUAAAUUGUAUUAUAGUGAUUUGUCAUGGUAAACAAAUUUCAAACCAAAACUCGAUGAAGGAUAAAAUCAAACAGACUGGCAGAGUGGAAGCCAUAUAUAAGUGUAGCUUACUUGUUGUUUCGACAUACAGUGUAUUGCAAACUGCACCUUAUCUAGGAAAGGCAUGUGAUCAAAAUAAUAUUAGAUAAUAAGAGUAACUGCUGUCACUUGUGUAAAUUUUGACCGUUAGAGAAAAACGGCAAAAAUCCUGUUUUUUGCCUUCAGGAUUUUUUUAAAGAAAUCAUCGUUGCAAAAUCAAAAGUCACCAUUCACAGUAAAAUUCAGUCCUUGUUCUAGUUUAGAAGUGACUUUUUUUGUUCUUCUUUGUUUUCUGGAAAUAUAGCCUUUUGUUCUAGUGCAGCCUGGCCUUGCCUCGAUUUUCAACAUCACGACUGCAGUGCAUGCUAGGAAAUAGCCAUUUUUUUUUUCAUAUUUGUGCAAAAUCUACUGUCGCUCUGACCUACCACGGAAGUUUCGCGCUUGUUGUCAUUUUCAGUUGUCGCAAAGUUUUAAAUAUAUGCCGUGGCAGGUCAAGAAAUUCAUCAGUAGUCCAGUCCCAAAGCUACUUCGUUCCGGAGCUGCCAUUAUUUCUCCAGUUACAAAAGCAACAAGCAAAAUUCGCAAACGAAGUUCGUCAUCUUACUCACUUCUUUAAGAAAGUGGACUCUUAGCUACCGUCACGCUUAAUGAUGCUCAUCAGGAAGCCACUAAAGGUGAAAUAUGGCUGUAAAAGUACCAAACAUCGCGUAGAAUCCAAACUUCAGCGGUUAUUAUAGCUCAUCGAAGCAAAAUGACUACGUCAGAAUGACGUUUCCAGAAAACUCAAGCCUUUAGUGUUUUAGAACAGCACCUUCCAUGGUAACCCCAAUUAUGGAUUCACGAAAUCCUAAGGAUUGUUUCUAUGUAGAAAAUCACUCUAAACCGUGAAAGUCUUGGACGUUUAUGGGUUAAAUUAAUUCAGGAGACGUGAUGGUCUUGAACUGUAGGCUCAAGUUCAUGCGUAACUGUCGAAUUAUUUUCCUUAGACAUUAGGAGCUUUGUUACACUUUGCAUCUCUUUAUCCACACGUCUUACCCAGGGGAAAGUAGCAAUACUCCUGGAUGCUCUUUCGGGAUAGACGGGAAUAUUUAGCUCUGGUAGUGAGGGCCAUGUGUCUCGCCAGCGACGUAUAACCUACAUUAUUCAUAAGAUAUAGAAAGUAAAAUCGUUCUUACUAAAAACACCCUUGUGGAAAGCGAUAUACAUUUUUUAAAUUAGAUAACACUUUCAACAGGGGCACCCAACUACUGUUUUCUUUAAAUUAUAUUUUCGGAGAAGCAAAUAUUGCCUAGAAUUUUCUUUUGCUUGAUGACGACUAGAAAUUUCUAGAUGACCGUUCCAUUCAGGUACAAUUUUCGACGCUUCAUCUAAUAAAUGUCCUACGAUGUUCUGAAAUUUAACUUCUCACAUUUUACUCCUCAUGUUGGGCUAAUUUUCGUAGGAAAAGGAAACCAAAAGUUUUCUAAUUCAAAAAUGCAAUGUAGAGAGGAUUAAGAAAAUGUCACUUUCGUAAAACAUUAUAUCGCAUCUAAAGUUUUCUUAAAAAUAAUACUGAAGCCCUUAAUCUUGUAAUCUCGAAAAUCUCAAUUUCCCCUAGGAUGAUCGAACAGAUACAAAUUUUUUAUAGCGCCACUUAAAGUGCAUUUCUCAAGAUCAAAAGUACCCUAGAUAGCCUAAAAAGAAUUUUGAAUGUAUUUAGGGGAAAUCGUCGUUGGGUGCCUUAAAUCUCUUUUCAUUCACUCAGUUCGAGGUCCUUAAAAGCGUUAACUAUUCACACAGACCAUGAUCAUCGUCAAGUGACGUUACUGAAUCUUUUUGCAGUCUUUUGACUUCUUCGAAAUCAAAAGCAAUAAUUCUAGGCCUAUGUAAAUAAUUUUAGACCUAUGUAAGCCCAGUUAUUGUGUAUAUUUGCAGAACAUGAAUACCUCUGGAUUCAGGGCCUGCGUCAAGGAAUUAUACGGGACCAGAUAUGACCCCUUGUCCGUCAGUUAUGCUGUGCUCACAGGUCUGGUAAUUAUUACUAACUGUCUUCAUUUAUUGAGUAUGUCCACCCUAUGUUUUGACAAACGAAGCUUACCAGAUUAACC